AUGACAAAUGAGCGAAGGUCAGAAUCUUUAUUUGAUACCAAGUUUGUAAGCGACAAGCCAAGAUGUAGCGAGAGUGAAGACACUAACGAGCAAUCAGUAGCCCAUCUGGUGGAUCACCUGAUGGAACCUGGAUUGGUUCGUGAAGGUGGAUCAGCACUGGUGGAGAACGGACAGUCAUCAUUGGAGUCACUUGUGAUCGGAUCGCAGAUGGUGGAUCGCAUUGUGGAGUCCGCUGAUCCAUCCACCAACGAUGUGCAUGAGUUGUUGCCCCUUCAAAAGGAUGUUAGCAACACUCUCAUAACCCACCGAUUCUUGGUAUCUAAACGGGAGGCUGGAACGAUCAUUGGUAAAGAAGGUAGCUGCAUUACGAGUAUCAGAAUGGGUUGUGAUGUCAAGGCAGGUGUGUCAGAGUUAGUGAGAGGUUGUGUAGACAGGAUAUUGACUAUAAGCGGGUCAGUCGAGAAUGUUGGCCGAGCAGUUGGAAGGCUUGCUCAAGUACUUGUCGAUACGGCAGCUUUUUCACAAUUGGAUUUUGCUCCUUCUGGAGGAACCUCAGUAAUGGGAGUAACAAGAAUACGCCUUCUGAUUCCGAAUACACAGAUGGGCGCGCUAAUAGGAAAACGGGGAAUUCGUAUCCGAGCCUUACAACAGUAUCACUCGGUUAAAAUGGUUGCAUCAAAAGAUCCUUUGGCCAACUCCACAGAAAGGGUGGUUGAAGUGCAAGGUACUCCGCUUGCUAUCGAAAGCGCUGCAGUGACAAUUUCCAAAUGUCUCCUGGAGGAUUUUAUGUUGCCCGCUGCAGAUACGAUCUACUAUGUGAGUGCUCCCCCUGCAGGAUACGGUGGUGCGGCUCGUGCAACUACUGGUGACAGCUUUCUGAACAGUGAUUCUCUGGGCCCAACCUCAACGGAGACGGUCUACUUUCCCGGGGAACUAGUUGGUGCUAUUAUAGGUAAACGGGGAGUCCGUAUACAAGAGAUCCGUAAGUUAUCAGGGUGUGCUAUUUCCAUUGAUUCCGCAAAUACUACUGGAGGGGAGCGACGAUUUGUAUUGACAGGCCCUGUACGGAACGUCGAUAGGGCUCUAGCGAUGCUCACGGGUCUUGUAGAGAGGGAGAAAAGUCGCACCAAAGAGCAUUAG